GAACAGGGAGCAGAAGAAGAAGUGGCUAUAAAUAAUAAUAAUAAAAAAAUAAAAACACGGACAUUUACCUCUCUGUCGGGAAAUUGGAUCAUACAGUUAUUUCAAAUGCAAAUGUAGUUUGUGUGAACAGAAAAGGGCAGUGAUAUGCCCAGUGGACGGACUCGUCCUGCCCACAGGAAGAGGAAACUCGUCCCGCUGCUGUCACUGCUAACAGCUGUUUAUCUGUGAGCUGAGGCGUCAACGCUGGUGCUGGUGUGUGUGUGUGUAUAUAUACAUAUAUAUUUAUAUAUUCCCAGUGGUUUAUCUGUUUCCGAGCCCUCGCGGAGGACGUGUGUCCAGGUGGACCAGGGUGAGAUAAAUGUAGUCCUGUCUGUCAACCUGCUUCCUCAUGCUAACACCUGCUAACACUAGCCCCCGCAGAGACAGAACAUUCACACCAACCUGAGCUUUUAACCCCUAACAUGAGCCCUGGCCGCAGAUACACCACCGUGACCUGAUGCAUCACGAGAGUGAUGUAAAACCAUUUUAACAUCUCAAAGUGGCUGCUGGCAUGGUGGACUUGAGUCCGGCUGUUAUGAGCCCCCAGACUAUUUUUUCUGGGGAAACUGGAUAAAAUGCUUCCACAGAUGAUGGAUUUAGGAUAUCUACUUUCAUGAAAUUCCUCCUUUACACUUAUUUAAUCAGACAAUUGUGAGGAAGAUGGAGAAAGAAGCAGCUGAGAAGGAGAAGGAUGACGGGGAGAUCCCUGAUGGGGAUUCUGUGCCAGUGACUGAGUUCAUUCAGUGCCCCAGCAGAGAGGCAGGGGAUGGUCGCAACUGGGAGGAUAAAACAGCCUAUUUCAAAUCUCAGGAAACCCCCAAUCCAGCCCCUGCAAAAGACUCUGGAGCUGGUGAAGCACCGCAUUGUGAAUCCACAGAGGCUAAAGAAGAUACUGAGGAGGUUUCAGAUGGGUAUGAGAACGGCAGGAGUGCAGUUCAUGAGAACUCAGAGGUUACAAAUCAAGAAGAUGAUGAUGAUGAGGAGGAGGAAGAGGAGGAUGAUGAGGAGGAGGAUGAGGAGGAGGAGGAGGAGGAGGAUGAUGAUGAUGAUGAUGAAGCUGAAAAGGAACAGCACAUGAAUGGGGAGUCUGGCUGGAGGAACAUGGGAAGUGGAAAAAGGUGCAAAUUAAAGAGCAGUGGAUCAGUGUUGGAGCAGAGCAGUCAGAGCGUGUUUUCCUCCUUCCAGAAAGCCAGUGUUAUGUCAAGUGGUGCUCGGCAUAAACAGACCCGCAGACGAAACCACCACCACCAUCAGCAGAACCGGAGUCGCAGGCGGACAGGAAACCAACUUGUCUUGGCUUUCAAAGAGAUGCUGUCAGAAUCUCUGAGCUUCUGGUGCAUCUCAUGCAUUCACAUGUUGAUUGAGAUUAUUGUGACUUUAACUUACAAUUGUGGAGUUGGAGUGGAGAUGGGUGUUGUGAAACUUUAUAACUUUGGGCAGCAGGUUCUUGUAAAAAUCACAGAUAUACCUGGAAUGAAAGCAGAUAUAUGUCGAAUUCUGAAAUGGACAAAAUGCAGAGGAGUUGCACUGGUGGAUAAAACUUUGAGGUCAAUGAAGUGGGUUAAGACAGCUGUCCUAUCUUGUUUUAGGCUUGUCUGUACUAUACUUAUUCUCAGUUUCCAUUGGGCAAGGGGGUUGUUGUGCCGCAUCGGUGGAGAGAGGGGAAAACAUUUGUGGACAGCAUUUCAAGAGUCAAAUUUUUGGAAGAGAGUCGCGUCCCUGCUGGGCAGACUUCGAAGCAUGUUCAGAAGGGAUGUCCAUACUCCUCCAUUCUUCCCUGAGUCCCCUGGAAGAGCAGGAAGAGGUGAGCCAGGCCAGGAGCUGGAGAGACUGCUGGCAUUGGCUGAGGUCCCAGAGGAGGAGCUUGACCCCUUUUCAGUGCUUGGUGUGGAGGUUCAUGCCACAGAGACAGAGCUGAAGAAAGCCUACAGACAACUGGCUGUCCAGGUCCAUCCAGACAAAAACAAACACCCACGAGCUGGAGAGGCAUUUAAAGUACUAAGAGCAGCCUGGGAUAUUGUCAGUAAUCCUGAAACACGACGAGAAUAUGAGUUGAAGCGGAUGGCAGCGACUGAGCUGUCGAAGUCCAUGAAUGAGUUUCUCACUAAAUUGCAGGAUGACUUGAAAGAAGCGAUGAACACCAUGAUGUGCACCAAAUGUGAAGGCAAACACAAACGAUUUGAGAUGGAUCGUGAACCUGCUGAGGCUCGGUUCUGUGCUGAAUGCAAUCGUUGCCAUAGUGCUGAGGAAGGGGACCUGUGGGCGGAGUCCAGUAUGUUGGGCCUACGCAUCACAUACUUCGCUUGUAUGGAAGGAAAAGUAUAUGAUAUUACAGAGUGGGCAGGCUGUCAAAGAAUAGUAAUUUCUCCUGACACGCACCGUGUACCAUAUCACAUCUCCUUUGGUGCAAAGAACAGCAGCAGUGCCACACGACACAGGAUGCCCCCAGAACAGGCCACAGGUCCAACAAACCCAGCAGAUUUACAGGACUUCUUCAACAGAAUCUUCAAAGGAGGACCUCCCAGUGAUAUGGCUGCCAAUGGAGGCUUUUUCCCCUCAGGUCCCCCUCACCAUCAGCCACCUGGUGCUGGAGCAACGUCAUUCUCCACUCCGCCUGGCCAGACAGGUUUCUACAUGCCGGGGGGGCAUCGACCAGAGUCCAAUGAGCCAUGGGCUGAAAGUGGGAAACCACCCAGAAGGAGGAAGAAGGUCCGCAAACCCUUCCAGAGGUGAAGUCUAUUGACUUGGUAGUUCAUCAUAACGGCAAUGUGGGGAUACCAUGAAUAAAUGGUCAUGUUAGUCUUUUGCCUGCCUUUUUGGCGUGCCAAGAUCUGAACUGGAGACAAUUCUUGGCUAUGAGGUUGCAGUCAGACCGGCCAGAGUGCAGAGAGACUGGAUAAUGAAAAGGAGCUAAUUGACUGAAAAUGAGUAUUGAAGGCUGAAGAGGUAGAAGCGAUGGUGCUUUACCUAUCCAUUCACCUCAUUGUUUUGUUGGAUUCAAAAGAUAACUGUAGCCUUUGAAAUUGAAAUCCUUGUAAGGAUGCUGUAAUGAAACAUUUUCUUUUUCAUGAUUUCCUGCCAAAUCCAUUAUCACUGCAUGAUUUGUUUACCUGCAUUUUAAUGCUUCAGUUCUCUCACGUUUGUUGUUAAUUUUGUGUCUCGUUUGUUGAACACAUCGGCUUUAGGCAGGGUGACAGUUGAGAAGAGGUAAAAAUGAUUUAUGGAUCACUGUGACUGAGAGAGAUAAAUGAAGAUGGGGCCAGUCAGUGUUGCUGGUGUUAGUGGUGUGUGGAUCUGCCCCUGGAGCCGCUUUUCACCCACCACGGUUCAAGAGUUUGUCCAGCCUAGCCAAACUCAGCACGUCUGAACCACAUUAACAAAGAAAUGCCACAGCUACAAAUGUCUCAAAUUCAUUUUAGUGAAUACUAAUAGUCACAUUUGUUGGUGGAUUGGUCUAAAAGUUUAAAAGUGGAAAAAAAAAAAAAAAAAAAAGAAAUCUCUCCACUGACGUCCAGGGAUAUGAUGUGCCUCUAGUUCUGUGGCUUUUUUUCUUUUAGUUAUUUCUAAUUAUAGAAGAAAAUGUUUUAUUUCUUUUCAAAAAUACUUUAUUAAUCCCUAAGUGGGUACAUCCUAUCUAAAACUUAAAUGAAUACAUUUGCUUGUUUGGCGCUUUCUUUAUUGUGAAAGUGGUUACAUGUAGCUCCUGCAGAACGUCCAUUAAGGCCGUGUUUCCCAACCCUGGUCCUUGGGGCGCACCGUCCUGCCCCGAGGACCAGGGUUGGGAAACACUGCAUUAAGGUGACAUCCAUCCGCCCAUUCAUCCAUCCAUCCAGCCUCCAUCCAUCCAUCCAUCCAUCUUUUAUACUCGCUUAAGCCUGUACAGGGUCACUGGAGUCUGCUGGAGCUUAUUUUCAGCUCAUUACAGGCGGAAGGGAGGGGUACACCCUGGACAGGUCCAAUAAGAUAACAAUGCCAUCAAACUGAUUUUAACUGAACCAAACAGACAUAGUCAUCUACUAAGUCUACUCAUUCAAUUAGAUAUUUUAUAACUGGUGCAAACAUUUGCGUGCUAUCCUUAUAGCACUCAUUAUAAAAACUAAUUAUUAAAAAUUUGCACUAUAGGCCAAGCAGUUAUGUAAGUUAGUUUUGGACAUUUCAGUAAGUGAAAUUAAUAUUUGGUAAAAUGAAUAUCUGUCAGAUUUGCAAGAGGAAAUGAAAGUGUUUAGCAGAGUAAAAAAUGAUUUAAAAGUAUGUUAAUACAACAGAACACAAAUGUUCCAUCUCCUUGUGUUGUAUAUUUUUAAGAUCAAUUCAGCUGUGACUAAUAACUAUAGUGCUGUCAAACCUUUUCAGCUUCUUCUUUUAAUAUCUUUUUUGUUCUUGGCAUUUACAAGCAACAGAAGGUUGAUCAAGACAACAGUUGUGUUGCUGCUACAUGGUUUAUUUACAUGAAGCAGCUGCUGAAAAAGGAAUUUCCUAAUCUCUAAAUUUUGCCUUGUUUUUUUCACCAAGUUCUGGGUUGUUCAAAGCUAUUUGAUGUGUCCGAUGUUCUUUAAGAGUGUGUUAAGCCACGACUCUUCAUUUGCAUCCAGCUAUGUGGUUAUGAUAACAUGCAAACUUAUAAGCUGGCUGCUCGUUUCUGUUUCUGCCUGUGAUGCCGUCUCCACGUCUACUUAAGGCUUUUGCAGAGAUGUGCUACAAACUGUUAUUUAAUUCAUGUGGUUCAGAUUUCUGUUUCACAAGUUCACAGAAAAUCAUAAAUAUCUAAACACCUUUUUUCCUUUCAGUUUCCCCCACUGAUUGCAACAAAAUGAAAGUUGAUGAACACGAGUUUUUCAUUAAAGUUCAUUAUUUAAUAAAAUAAAACCGCUGUUGUUUACACCUGAUGUGACAAUUGAGAGAUGGGGCAAUUGCGUCAGAAACGGCUUUUGAUAAAGGCUAUUUUUUAUAUUGACAGUCGGUUACAAGUUUUCUAUUGUGUUAACUUUUAUUUUUAAUUUGCACACCUGCCACCAUUGGAAAAUGAAAGGGAUUGUGAUCACUCAUCGGUGAUUCAGCCAAACCGGACUCCUCCAGCUGCAGUUGAGUAGGAGGCGUUGCUUUCAAAGCUAACAGCUCAUGUGUUUUGUUGGUGUUUGACCAGUUUCCUAGAUAUGGAGGAAAUAAUUACACCAGAAAUAGCUUCUAAGUUUAAAUGGAGCCAAUUUAAAAAGAAAAAAAAUAGUUCCAGAUUUAGUUCUUUUGGUUAAAAACAUUGUGUUUUACCAAACAUGAGCUGGGAGAGCAAAAAUUAUUUGUUUUAAUCAAGUUAUUAGUAUGAUAAACACAGAAAACAGUAAAAUAACUCUGAGUAAAUUCUUUCAGUUAUGAGUCUUGAGCAGGACAUUUAAAGAAAAUCUUCCUUAUCGGGUCUCAGAAUUGCAUAAAUACAACCUCAGAUAAAAAACAACACUAAACGCUCUUUUUGUUUGACAAAAACUAAGCCAAAAUGGUAAAACAUGGUCUUGUGAACGCUGUUGCCUCACAGGAAAAAGGUUCCCUUCCGUGUGAAUUUUGAGUGUGAGUUUUCUCCUGGUACUCGUGCUUCCCCUCACACCUGAAAACCUUUCACGUUACAUAUAUUGGUGAUUCUAAACUGACUCGAGGUGUGAAUGUGCACAUGAGAUGUUAAUCAUGUUUGACUUUGUGCCUUUACCGAAUUAAGUAAAAUGUGGUUCGCCUUAUGCAAGCAGCUGCCACGUGACUGGCUUCUUAUUAUACUGUAACACAGCUGCUCUUAUGGUGGUAAAUAAGUCCUGACGAUGACAACUGAGAUGGGAUAAAACAGGUGUAGAUAAUGGCUGAAUAAGCCACACUACAGGAGCAGUGUGUGGAAAAACUAAGAACACAGUUACUGUUUCCAUAGGAGCUGUGAGAAUAAGGAGCACAUAGGUGUUACUUAAAUGCUUAUUAUUAGUCGGACACCAGCGUGUCAACCUAUGUGCCAGUUUGUUGGUCUGAAGCAUGGAUGAGUGCAACACAAUGACGUUACUAACGAUCCUAGAGAAUGGGUCAUGCAGGAGAACAAUGAUCUAAACCACAAGUAAAUCUACAAGCAAAAAAAAAUUAAAAUCCUCAAGUCACAAAGACCUAGUCAAGGUACAAAUCUCAACCUGUUUGAAAUGCUUAAGGGAGCUGUACAUCCAUAAAUGCUUUUCAAAACCUCAAUUAACUGUAGUACUGUUGGAGGGCUGAAAAUGUCAGAGUGGAAAAAAAUUACUAAUGUUAAAGGCCACACCAUAAGAUGUUGGGGUGUCAUAGUGUUUCACACGCUGCUUCUGACUUUUGGGUUAUUAUUGUUAAAUAAUUAUACAGUGUAAUGUUUCAGAGCUUGUUAAUUUGAGGUGGCAUCAUUUAAAUUUAAGACCUGGUCAGGGGGCGUGCCUUCAUAACACCCCCCCACAUACAUGUAUC